GUCAUUUUAUUGUUGUAAUUUUGUUUUUGCCUGUCUGUAUCAAACAGAACCAUGAAACACAGCACAGCUCUGCUCCUGCAUUUCCUCCUGGGCUCAUGUUCAGCCUACACUUACCAAAAUGUGGCCAUAAGUGGAAAAGCAACCCAGUCAACCCAGGCUGACAGUGCAUAUGCAAUGGCCGGCAACGCCAUAGAUGGAAACCGGGAUCAUGACUCCAACUCUGGAUCAUGCUCAAGCACUUCAUCACAGACCAACCCCUGGUGGACAGUAGACCUGCUGGAGUCCUACAUGGUCACCUCCCUCAUCAUCACCAACAGAGGAGACGGCUCUUCAGAGAAACACGAAGAUGCCAUGAUUCACAUUGGAAACUCUUUAGAUUACAAUGGACUAGAUAACCCACUAGUUGGGAAAAUUAUGGUUAUAACUGGCAAAUUUUCAGAAAUUUUCUUACCCAAACCUGUGGAGGGACGUUAUGUGACUGUGAUUGUGCCUGGACGUGAAAAGACCCUUAGCCUCUGUGAGGUGGAAGUGUACGGAUACCGUGCACCAACAGGAGAGAACCUUGCACUCAAAGGAAAAGCCACACAGUCAUCACUUUAUGACAUGUAUGGCAAUGCAUACAAUGCCAUUGAUGGGAAUCGGCACAAUGUCCGGAGUGAUGGGUCCUGCUCUACCACCAAACAAGAAUCUGACCCCUGGUGGCGACUGGAUCUGAUAAAAACCCAUAAAGUGUUUUCUGUUAAGAUCACAAACCGCAGAGAUGGCCGGUACUCCCCACGACUGAACGGAGCAGAGAUUCGUAUUGGAGAUUCUCUUAUCAACAAUGGCAACAGCAAUCCCAGGUGUGCUGUGAUUGAAAACAUCCCAGCGGGUGCCACUGAGGAAUUCCAGUGUAAUGGGAUGGAUGGUUGCUAUGUUAACAUUGUUAUCCCUGGUAGACAAGAGCACCUGACCCUGUGUGAGGUGGAGGAUUAUGGCUCUGAUGAAACUGGCUCCAAUCAUGUGCUGUCCACGGGAACCAUGAAACACAGCACGGCUCUGCUCCUGCAUCUCCUCCUGGGCUCAUGUUCAGCUUACACUUACCGUAAGACAGAAAACGUGGCCAUACGAGGAAAAGCAACCCAGUCAACCCAGUAUCUCCAUGGAUAUUCAACGGCCAGCAAUGCCAUCGAUGGAAACCGGGAUCCUGGCUUCUACUCUGGAUCAUGCUCGAGCACUUCCUCACAGACUGACCCCUGGUGGAGAGUAGACCUGAUGGAGUCCUACAUCGUCACCUCCCUCAUCAUCACCAACAGAGGAGACGGCUGUGCAGAGAGACUCGACAAGGCCCAGAUUCACAUUGGAAACUCUUUAGAUAACAAUGGAGUAGCAAACCCACUGGUUGCAGUGAUCCCUCAUAUUCCAGCUGGCACGUCUUUAAAAAUUCCCUUAACCAAACUUGUGGAGGGACGUUAUGUGACUGUGACUCUGACAGGACAUGGAAAGAUCCUUACCCUCUGUGAAGUGGAAGUGUACGGAUACCGUGCACCAACAGGAGAGAACCUUGCACUCAAAGGAAAAGCCACACAGUCAUCAUUUUUUGACGCACGAGGCAUUGCAUACAAUGCCAUUGAUGGGAAUCGUCAAAGUGUCCGGCUUGAUGGGUCCUGCACUCACACCAAACAAGACUUCAAUCCCUGGUGGCGAGUGGAUCUGACAAAAACCCAUAAAGUGUUUUCUGUUAAGAUCACAAACCGCAGAGAAACCCCGUCCGCCCUACGACUGAACGGAGCAGAGAUUCGUAUUGGAGAUUCUCUUGCCAACAAUGGCAACAGCAAUCCCAGGUGUGCUGUGAUUAAAAACAUCCCAGCGGGUGCUACUAAGGAAUUCCAGUGUAAUGGGAUGGAUGGUCGCUAUGUUAACAUUGUUAUCCCUGGUAGACGGGAGUUCCUGACCCUGUGUGAGGUGGAGGUUUAUGGCUCUGUCCUGGAUUAG